UCCCAGAAAUGGCGGAUUUAUUGAGUUCUUCUCUGAAAACAUUCAAUUUUCAGCUGUUUUCUCGGAACUAUCCGCUCUGUUGGCCAAAGUGCGUAUAUUCCACGAGACUCACAAGACGGAGUGCCCUCUCAAGAGUGCGUUAGUUUCUCUUYAAACGUUUCGCUUUCAUCUUUACAAACAAGAUGUCACUGAUACAGCAAAUUCAGCAGCUUGGACAUCCUGCUCAAGCUCGUAUAAUGCACGAUCUGCAUGCAAAAUAUCCUAAUUCAAUAGAGUUGACCACUGCGUACACACAACUUAUAGAAUGGAUACAAAAUCAGCCAUGGGUUGGUAUCCAAUGGGAUUGCAGUAAUGCACAGCAUUGUGCACAGGCAAAGUCAUUAAUAGAGGAGAUCAGUGACCAGCUGCAGCCAGCUGAUAGCCACAUGAACUUCCAAGGAGUUGUCACUGCCCGGACUUUAUUAAGCAAGUAUGAAACAGAUCCCAUAAGUCUAGUAAUGGCUCUUCAGGAGAUUAAUUCGUAUAUGAUCAGUUUGGUACAAAGUUUUGUAAUACAAGAAGAAGAUGACACAAUGGAAGAAGAUGAAGAAGAAAACUCAGUGGAUGAUAUCAAAAAGGAACUGAAAGAUGCUGGAGAGGAAAGCAUG